GCGGCAGAGAGAGCUCCAGCAGGGAGGGGACGCAGUCAGAAAAGCAGGAGGAGGAGGAGGGACCGCCCGGCAGGACGAACCCCACCGACGACCGCGAGCAGCACUCGUCGUGACAGCGUCUGUCAACAGCGCGCAGAGCCCCGGGGGACGGUUUCUUCUCAUCCCAUGUGUUUGUAGAAUCAGCCCGUCGUCACCAUGACAGCGGAGGAAACCAUAAACGUGAAGGAGGUGGAGAUCAUCAAGGGGAUCCUGGACUUUCUCAACUCCAGGAAGUUGCACAUCAGCAUGCUGGCUCUGGAGAAGGAGAGCGGCGUCAUCAACGGGCUCUACUCGGACGACAUGCUCUUCCUCAGGCAACUGGUGCUCGAUGGCCAAUGGGACGAGGUCCUUCAGUUCAUCCAGCCUUUGGAGUGCAUGGAUAAGUUCGACAGAAAGAGGUUUCGUUACAUCAUCCUCAAGCAGAAGUUUCUGGAGGCUCUGUGUGUGAACAACGCCAUGUCUGCAGAAGAUGAGCCACAGCAUUUGGAGUUCACCAUGCAGGAAGCCGUCAAGUGUCUCCACUCCCUGGAGGAGUUCUGUCCCUCUAAAGACGACUACAGCAAGCUGUGCCUGCUCCUCACCCUGCCUCGCCUCACGCACCACGCUGAGUUCAAGGACUGGAACCCGAGCACGGCCAGGGUGCAGUGCUUUGACGACGCCUGCAUCAUGGUCGCGGAGUUCAUCCCAGCAGACAGGAAGCUGAGUGAGGCUGGAUUCAAGGCCAGUCGGGAUCGGCUCUUCCAGCUGCUCCUGAAGGGAGUCCUCUAUGAGUGCUGUGUGGAGUACUGCCAGAGCAAGGCGACGGGCGAGGAGAUCCCGGAGGGCGAGGUCCUCCUGGGCGUCGACAUGCUCUGCGGCAACGGCUGCGACGACCUGGACCUGUCUCUGCUCUCCUGGAUGCAGAACCUCUCCCACACCGUCUUCUCCUGCGCCUUCGAACAGAAGCAGCUCAAAAUCCAAGUGGACCGCUUGGUCAAGCCCACAAAGGGCGGCUACGCCGACCUCCUCACUCCGCUCCUCAGCAAGCUGUCUCCGUACCCGUCCUCCCCGAUGCGCCGGCCCCAGUCCGCUGACACCUACAUGUCACGCUCCCUGAACCCCGCGCUGGACGGGCUGUCCUUCGGCCUGUCCGGACAAGACAAGCGAGCGAGCGGCGGGGAGGUCGCGCCAGGCAAAGGAGUCUCUCCCAUGUCCCACUCCUUUGCCAACUUCCACUACCCCGGAGCGGGAGGCCAGAGCCUGGGCAGGAGUCUCAUGAUGGAGAGCUCCGACUGCCACAGCAUCUUUGAGGAGUCCCCGGAAACGUCAAGGACGGACACGCCUGUGGAUAAGAUGUUGAGUUCGGGUGGAGCUCAGAACCUGCGUCCUGCCUCGGCUCCGGGAGAGGACGCUCCAUCAGCUGAGUGUGCUGAUGGGAACGAGCUUCGGGACUCGACGGAGAAGUACGAGGAGUACUACCGGCAGCGCCUCCGCGUGCAGCAGCACUUGGAGCAGAAGCAGCAGCAGAGGCAACUGUACCAGCAGAUGCUGCUGGAGGGAGGGGUCCAGCAGGAGCCCCCGCCCAGCGACAUGCAGCACAGCCUCACCGAGAAGUUCCUCAACAAGUCCAUCCAGAAGCUGGGGGAGCUCAAUGUGGCGGGGGAGGAGGUGAAGUCUCUGGCCCAGCAGUGUAAUGGGGACACGCCCCCCACUGAGGACAAUAACAACCCUCCAUAUGUGACACCGGAGCAGACCCCAGGGGGAGGGGUGCUCAGCAGCACCCCGCAACGCACCGCGGAGGGGCGCACGGUUCAGCCUCCAAACGAGUCCCCUGUCGUCUCCAUGAGUGAGCAGAAACAGAAAGGAAGUCAACAGUGUGACUCUCCAGGCUCUUUAUCCCGGAGCAAAGAGGGCGACCAACCCAAGCGGCUGUUCGUGCCGGUGCAGUCUCUGGAAGAUACUCAAGCCAUCCGAGCCGUCGCCUUCCACCCGUCCGGAUUGCUCUACGCUGUCGGAUCCAACUCCAAAACUCUCCGCGUCUGCGCUUACCCAGAAACAUUGGACACCAGUGGUUCAAGUCCAAUAAAGCCGCCCGUCAUCCGCUUCAAGAGGAACAAGCACCACAAAGGGUCCAUCUACUGCGCGGCCUGGAGCCACUGUGGGCAGCUGCUGGCGACGGGCUCCAAUGACAAAUGUGUCAAAGUCCUUCCUUUCAAUGCGGAGACCUGCAACGCCACGGGCCCGGACUUGGAGUUCAGCAUGCAUGACGGCACCAUCCGGGACCUGGCCUUCAUGGAGGGUCCAGAGAGCGGAGGAGCCAUCUUGAUCAGCGCCGGAGCUGGAGACUGUAACAUCUACACCACCGAUUGCCAGAGGGGACAGGGUCUGCACGCACUCAGCGGACACACGGGUCACAUCCUGUCUCUGUACACGUGGGGCGGCUGGAUGAUCGCCUCUGGCUCCCAGGACAAGACGGUGCGUUUCUGGGACCUCCGGGUGCCCAGCUGUGUCCGAGUCGUAGGAGCUGCUCUCCACGGCUCAGGCAGUCCUGUUGCCACGGUGGCGGUCGAUCCUAGUGGCCGUCUCCUAGCAACAGGACAGGAAGACAGUGCAUGCAUGCUGUAUGACAUCAGAGGAGGACGGAUCGUUCAGGUGUACCGGCCGCACUCCAGCGACGUGCGAUCCAUCAGGUUCUCCCCGGGAGCACAUUACCUGCUCACUGGCUCCUACGACUCGAAGGUCAUCGUCAGCAACCUCCAAGGUGACCUGACCAAGCCGCUGCCUCAGACCGUGGUGGGAGAGCACGGCGACAAAGUGAUUCAAUGUCGAUGGCACACACAAGACCUGUCCUUCCUCUCGUCUUCUGCUGACCGCACCGUCACACUCUGGACACACAACCCUUAACACACACAUGCACGCACGCAACCAGGUAUACUUUAAACUACACAUAAUCCCUCUAAACCCUCCUGCACUAUCAACACCGUCACACCCCUUCAACAGCUUGAGAAACACAAACAGGUGAAUGGGCCUUUUACUUGUCGGUAGGGAACCAGCACGGAUACUAAGCUGUGACAUCCCCCGAGCACACGCGCUGCAUGUCCUCCCCUCUUGACUCACAUCGUCACGACUCAUCACCUCGAGGGGUGAAACGGCAGGAUCAUCCUUUUUUUCUUUUCUCACCAUCACUUCAUCUUCACGGUGCCUUCCUUGAGUUCUCAGUUUCCAUAAGAACAAUGUAAAAGCAAACAAACAAAAUAGAUAAUAUGGUCAUUUUCCCGAGAUCACAUUUUUUUAAAGUCAUCUUGAGAAGUCCUGCAUUCCUUCUUCUUUUGCAUAUAGUUGUCUUACAGCUGGUGUUACGCUGCUAUUGUUUUGUAAACGAGUUGAAAUUAUCGUGUGCAUUGUCAUGUUUUUCAGCCUGUCAGUUGUGGUCCUAUAUGCUGAUGUCUAAUGUUUAACUGUAUCCACUGCAGCGCUACAACUCAAAUUGUGUAAAUUAGCUUGUGCAUUUGUUUUUAAUUGAAUUCAGUUGUUUUGCGUUGAAGCUGUUCCAGUGUCUUGCGAUGGAAGGUUAUCGUUAUGUCGGCAUCAAAGGGAAAUACAAAGUGUCAUUUGUGGUUGAGUGCCCUUGACUUCGUUAGGAUUCUUCAGUUCAAAAGAUUUGUUGAGUCUCCUGCUGUGACACUGAACCACCAGUAGGGGGCGGCCUUCGCCCAGAGCAAGGCUCUAACCAGAUGGAACAACCUGAGUGGAAGCACAGGUGUUUCUUAUAUUUAUUUAGAACCAGUAUUUGGGGCAUUGUAUUCUUUUCUUGUAUUUUACAUGCACACUUUUUUUUAACAUUGUCUUUUAAUAUUGAUUUACGUACAAAGAUGCAUAUUUUGUUAAUGUAUAGUAUAUAUAUUGUUUUAACAAAUAAGGCCAAACUAAUGCGUACAUAGAUGUAUUUAUUUCAGUUGAGUUUAUGUACAGUUAGUAUGUUUUUGAAAUACUAGUGGCUCUUGUAUUCAAGCCUUUCUAAUUCUUGUUUUUAAAAGUGAACUAAAUCAAUUAAAGCUAAGUCAAGUCUGA